UAAAAACAACAACAUGGAUCCUUUCUAGUUUUCUAAAGUGUAUUUUAAAAUAUUUUUAGUGGUUUUUAUGAAUACAAAGUAAAAGGGUACUAAACCAAAUUAUCCAAUUCAGAUACUUUUCAUAGACAUGCGUCUAACUAGUGUUGUAGUAGAUAAAAUAUCUAAAACAUGCAAUGAUCAGUACAUGAAAUUGCCGAAAACUGGAAAACCCGUUGAUAAUGAGUGGACAGUCCUUUCUUGUGUGGUCAAAUACGACCGAAACAGUACAAAUAUUGAAGUGGUAUCCCUAGGUACCGGGUCGAAAUGUGUGGGAGCAACCAAAAUGUCCCCACGAGGCGAUAUACUGAACGACAGCCAUGCAGAAGUUAUUGCUCGCAGGGGGUUCCUUCUCUACCUAUAUCAUGAAAUCGAGAAAUCAAUAGGUCACAAACAAUCUCUUUUUAACCAGGAAGACUCUAAAUUCAAGUUAAAAGAUGGCAUAGAGUUCAUUUUCUAUUCAUCCCAGUUACCCUGUGGAGAUGCUUCUAUUAUACCAAAAGAUGGUGAAGAAGAUCAGUUUGGUGAUGUCUUGGAAUCCUUAAAACGUCAAGCUGAUACAGAGAUAUGUGACAGUGAACCUAAGGUUUCAAAGAUAAAGGAUAUUCAUAGAACUGGUGCCAAAUGUCUGCCGGGAGCCAAGCAGGACCAAAGAGAAUGUGGUGUGAACUACCACCAGGUGUGCCAAGUGAGGACCAAGCCCGGGAGAGGCGACCGCACACUGUCCGUGUCCUGUAGUGACAAACUGGCUCGAUGGGUGCAUGUGGGCAUUCAGGGAGCCCUACUCAACAUGUUCUUAGAUAAACCUAUUUACAUAAGUAGCUUUAUAUUUGGUGCUGGUGUACCAUACUCAGAGGAAACCUUAGAAAGAGCAUUGGUGAAGAGAAAUGUUAUUGAUUACCAAUUGGACUCGAAUAGACCAGAUUUCUACCAAAGUUCAGUGAAAUAUCCUCACAUUCGAUCAGAAGAAAGGAUCAGACCAGCUGCAGGCAGUAUUGUAUGGAUUAAUUCAAACAAUGUUAUAUCCGAGGUUGCAGUUCACGGAAGAAAGUUGGGAGUUACCAAGAAAAAGCUAAAUUCAUUGAGCAGUGCACUAUCAAUAAGUAAGUUUAAACUUUUUCAUAAGUUUCAACAUGUAAUGGCUAAGUUUGAACAUAAAAAUGUAAUUCUUCAAGAUAAAGAUGCUGAAAAUAUUACUUAUGGUGAAAUGAAGAAAAUGUCUGUAGAAUAUUUAAAAAAAUGGUACGAUGUGAGAGAUAAGUUUUUCAAAAUAUGGACUGUAAAACCUGAUAUGUGGAAUUUUACAAUUAAAAAUGAUUCAUGAUCUUUA